CCCAUGCGCAGAGAGAGGGGGCAACAGCGACGGACAAAACAACAACAACCGUUGGAACAGGGGAAGAGCGAGAUGGCUCCAUGAAUACAGGCAAACUUCCUUCUUACCCAGUUACUAUCCACAACCUACCGGACUGCUGCUUUCUCACAAGGCUUGAUUAGAUGGUGCCGGGCCCAUGAACUUGGCUAGUCAGAGCGGGGAGACCGGCUGUAGCCAGCUCCUCUUCGCCAACUUUAACCAGGACAACACGUCUUUAGCUGUUGGAACCAAAUCCGGCUACAAGUUCUUCUCCCUGUCGUCUGUGGACAAGUUGGAGCACAUUUAUGAAUGUACGGACACAGAGGAUGUGUGUAUUGUAGAGCGUCUCUUCAGCAGUAGUCUGGUGGCGAUCGUCAGUCUGAAGGCUCCUCGGAAGCUGAAGGUCUGUCACUUCAAGAAGGGAACGGAGAUCUGUAACUAUAGUUACAGCAACACUAUCCUGGCUGUCAAGCUCAACAGACAGAGGCUGAUAGUAUGUCUGGAGGAGUCUCUGUACAUCCACAACAUCAGAGACAUGAAGGUCCUACACACCAUCAGAGAGACGCCUCCCAACCCUUCAGGGUUGUGUUCUCUCUCCAUCAGUAAUGAUAACUGCUACCUGGCCUACCCCGGCAGUGCUACAAUAGGAGAGGUCCAGGUGUUCGACACAGUCAACCUGAGAGCAGCCAACAUGAUCCCAGCCCAUGACAGUCCAUUAGCAGCUCUGGUGUUUGAUGCUAGCGGAACCAAACUGGCCACAGCCUCGGAGAAGGGUACGGUGAUUCGUGUGUUCUCCAUCCCUGAGGGACAGAAACUGUUUGAGUUCCGUCGAGGAGUCAAAAGGUGUGUGUCUAUCUGUUCCCUGGCCUUUAGUAUGGAAGGCCUCUACCUAUCAGCAUCCAGUAACACAGAGACGGUCCACAUCUUCAAACUAGAGACGCAGAAAGAGAAACCAGCAGAGGAGCCGACUACUUGGGGUGGAUACUUCGGGAAGGUCCUGAUGGCGUCCACCACCUACCUGCCCUCUCAGGUGACAGAGAUGUUCACUCAGGGACGAGCCUUCGCCACCGUACGACUGCCCUUCUCUGGACACAAGAACAUCUGUGCUCUGGCCCUGAUCCAAAAGAUUCCUCGUCUCCUGGUAGCAGCAGCUGAUGGAUAUCUGUACCUCUAUAACCUGGACCCACAGGAGGGAGGAGAGUGUACACUGAUGAAACAGCACAGGUUGGACGGCAGUGCUGAGCCGCCCAAUGAGAUCCUGGAACAGGGGUCACAUGACCGACCCCUUACUGCACAGACCUACAACACUGCUGGGAUGAAAGGUUACUGUGAGGAGGCGGGUGCAGUGGGAGGGGCGGGACUAGAUGAUGACCUCAGCGAUCUGCGAUUGGACGAUGAGAAUGAGGAGCAGCCGCCACUCAUCCUGGAGACGGACUGACUGACAGCCACAGCAACCAAUCAGAGAGCCCCUCUGGUGCUGCUAGGAACAUGUAACAUGGAGGGUGGGAUUAAAAACUCUCAGCGUUCAACAGCCCCUCUUUCUGUCUGUAGAUGUAUACAUGUUUCUCCCUCUCUGUCCCCUCCCUCCCUCUCUGUCCCCCCCCCCUCCCUCUCUGUCCCCUCCCUCCCUCUCUGUCCCCCCCCCUCCCUCUCUGUCUCCUCCCCUCCCUCUCUGUCUCCCCUCCCCUCCCUCUGUCCGUCUGUGCAGGUGACUCCGUAGCUUUGCAUGUACAUGUGCCAAGAGCAGAACGCUACGCUCUAACAAGGACCUCUGAAGUGUGUGUGUGUGUGUGUGUGUGGGCUGAGCUGUAAAUGUGUGUGCUGGGCAUGUACAUUAGCAUACGUUAGCUUCCCAGUCGCUCACUGGCUACCCAAUCAGAUGAAGGCUCAGUGGACAAGCCCUGCCCCCUCUCUCUGAGGCCUUCAGACAUUGGCAGAUGAAAUUGAUUGACAGAUCAGUCAGACCAGUGUCUGAUUGGGUGAGGAAUUGAAUUCCGUCAUUGCUCUGAGGUGUGUGUUUAAUCCAUAGAGAUAGAGGACUCAUCAUGUAUAUAACCCGUUUUAGCAUGGACAUUGCCGUCAUCCACCAUUUUAAAGUAGUCAACUGGGUGAGGAUUCCUAUGGGAAGUAACUUCAGUGGUGCUGUCACAGACUCUAAUGGCACAGAUACAAAGAGGAGUCCUCUAUCUACCUCUAUGGUGUAACCAGGGAUGAAUGGCACAGAUACAAAGAGGAUUCCUCUAUCCACCUCUAUGGUGUAACCAGGGAUGAAUGGCACAGAUGCAAAGAGGAUUCCUCUAUCCACCUCUAUGGUGUAACCAGGGACAUCAUCAAGGCGGGGCAUGUCCACUGGGUCUCGUCAGACACAUGCCUUCCCAUGAUCCUCUGGGGUGAGGCGGAGCGGCUAGACGGACGGGUCACAUGACCAGACGUUUUCUAAUGAGUCAUGAUUUUGUAUAAAAUGUGAAACGGUGUUGAUCAGAAAAUAAAGUCCAUGUUGAUGUAA